AUGCGCAACCUCAUUAGUCUUGCACUGCUUCCUCUAGCAGCUGCUGUUCCUCAUCUCGUCCGCAGCUCAGAGACAAAAUACGACUACAUCGUCGUUGGCGGUGGAACGAGUGGUCUCGUCGUCGCGAACCGUCUUUCUGAGCAAGAGAACAUCAAUGUUCUCGUCAUCGAAGCUGGAGGCUCGGUAUACAAUAACGAGAAUGUGACAGACACUCUCGGAUACGGCAAAGCUUUUGGAACCGACAUAGACUGGGCCUAUGAGACAAUAAAGCAGGAAUACGGCGGCGGGAUCUCCCAAACACUGCGCGCCGGAAAGGCACUUGGAGGAACUUCAACCAUCAACGGCAUGGUGUACCUGCGUGCACAGACAGCGCAAAUUGACGCAUGGGAGACAGUCGGCAACGAGGGCUGGAACUGGAAGAACCUAUUCCCCUACUUCCGCAAGGGCGAGCAGUUCCAGACCCCCGAGAAGUACUCUUUCUUGGAUGGAUCUGGUGUUGCCUAUGACCCGGCCUACCAUGGCUUCACUGGCCCCCUGAAGGUCGGCUGGUCGUCAACCCAGUUGAAUGAUGGUCUCGCACAGGAGCUCAACACUACCUACCAGAACUUCGAAGUGCCUGUUCCCUACAACAAGGAUCCCAAUGGUGGAGAUAUGGUUGGAUACAGUCUGUAUCCCAAGACUGUGGACUCUGAGCUGAACAUUCGCGAGGAUGCUGCUCGCGCCUACUACUACCCUUACCAGAACCGAACCAACCUUCAUGUUUGGCUGAGAACCCAUGCCAACAAGAUUACCUGGAAGGAUGGCGAAGACGCUGUUGCAGAUGGCGUUGAGGUUACUCUCUCCAACGGUACCACAACUGUAGUGAAGGCCACUCGUGAGAUUAUCCUUGCUGCUGGUGCAUUGAAGUCUCCCAUUCUGCUCGAACUUUCCGGAGUUGGCAACCCGGACAUCCUUGCGAAAUAUGAUAUCGACACGAAGAUCAACCUGCCCACAGUUGGCGAGAACCUGCAAGACCAGAUGAACAACGGACUUCAGUAUGACUCUAAGGCAAGCUACAGCAAGAGCGCCGACUACGUCGCCUAUCCAUCGGCCUCUCAACUCUUCCCCAACGCCACCGCCGUCGGCGCCCAGCUUCUUCGCAAGCUUCCCGCCUAUGCAGCUAAGGUCGCCGCUGCUAACGGUAACAUCACCAAGGCCAGUGAUAUCCAACGCUUCUUCAAGAUCCAAUGGGACCUGAUUUUCAAGGCUGGUAUCCCGGUCGCCGAGAUCUUGCUUGAGCCCACUGGAAACACUUACGACACCGAAUACUGGGGCUCUGUUCCUUUCUCUCGUGGAAACGUUCAUCUCGCUUCUGCCGACCCUACCGUCGCAGCCACCAUUGACCCGAAGUACUUCAUGCUGGAUUUUGAUCUCCAUGCCCAAGUCCAGGCCGCCCGUUUCAUCCGCGAGCUCUUCCAGACCAAGCCUUUCGCUGAUAUGGCCGGCGAUGAGACUAGCCCCGGUCUCUCUGUCGUUGCUGCUGGUGCUGAUGACCAAGGAUGGUCUAACUUCAUCAAACAGAAUUACCGAUCGAAUUUCCACCCCAUCAGCACUGCUGCUAUGAUGCCCAAGGAAGUUGGCGGUGUUGUUGACACUUCACUCAAGGUCUACGGAACCUCGAACGUUCGUGUUGUUGAUGCUUCUGUAUUGCCCUUCCAGGUCUGUGGCCACUUGCAGAGCACGAUCUACGCCGUUGCCGAGCGUGCUGCCGAUAUCAUUAAAGGAAAGGUCUAA